AUGUCUGCGCCCUCGGCCACGGUGAAUGCAGAAGAUUCCAGCCAUGAUAUCGAUAUCUAUGCGCCUGCUGAGAGGGGCUUGAAAGAGCUGCCAUUCCCCCCAGUCACCAAACAGCACAUCUUGAACUGCUCCUACCACAGUUGGCAUCCAAGAUAUCGUGCAGUCACCCCCAAAGCACGCCUCAUACCCCUCCCACCCGCCUUUCUCGACUACCUCCGCUCAGAUGGCAUUGUCCUACCCCGCGAAGACGGCGACAACCCCACCUGGUCAGACAACGACAGUGGCAUCUUCUCGGGCACAGACAAUAACGAAGACGACGAGGAGCAGGACGCAGAUCCCAGCAUACAUUGGCGCGAGACGCACGAGGCGAUUGAAAACACAAUUGCAGAACUGGGUGGAACUGUGGCGCCCAAGCUGAACUGGAGUGCACCAAAAGAUGCCACCUGGAUCGCUGCGACGAACAACAUGGAGUGUCGAACACCAAACGACAUCUAUCUGCUGCUCAAGAGCAGUGACUUCAUCACGCACGAUCUGGGACAUGCUUUCGACGACACGGUCGACCAGGCAACCGCACCAGAUGUAGAGAUACCCUAUCAUCUUGUCUUGCGCAAGUGGAUCACACUCAAUCCCAGUGUCGAGUUCAGAUGCUUUGUACGCGAUAGACGGCUCAUUGCAUUAUGCCAAAGAGACCUAAACCACUUUGACUUUCUGUUCAAGAUGGAGGACAAGCUGCGUGACAGGAUCCAGGACUUCUUCGACUCCAAACUGCGCGACACCUUUCCCGACCCAAACUUCACUUUCGAUGUGUACGUGCCGCCACCAUACGACAGAGUAUGGGUGAUGGACUUCAAUCCCUGGGCUGUGCGAACCGAUCCUCUCCUCUUCUCGUGGAUGGAGCUGCUUACAAUGGAAGUGCCGGAUGCGCCCGCAGAAGAGACGGUGAUGCGCCUCAAGAUGGCCCAACCUGGAGAAGUAGGCGCGCAGCAGUCAAUAGGUACACUGGACAACUUGCAAGGCUCUGAUGACUCGGAAGACAGUGAUGCCGAAGAAAUUUGGCAACCCGAGUUUCGAAUGGUCAGGAGAGACGACCCAGAAGCAUAUGGGUUUUCAACGCCACAAUACAGUGCGCACAAACUCCCGAGAGAUGUAGUUGAUGCGAGCAGGGGAGGCGAAGGCCAACUCAGGGAGUUUGCGCAGCAGUGGGAGCAAGCUAAGAGGACAGCUGAGCAACAAAGAGCAGAGGAUAGCGAUGAUGAUGAAGAUUAG